AGGGAGGGGGCCGAGGCCAAGCUUUGAGAUGGACACACAAAUCGUUGCAUCUAUACCAAGCUUGCCCUAGUCGUUAUGUCGGUGCGACACAAGUUCAAGGGACCACGUCCAGAGUUUUGCGGUAGUUGGAGGGCGAUUGACGUCAUGACCUGAGAUAUCAACGCGGGUCUGGUGAUGGUUUGUCUUGGUGUUCAUGGUACUAACUAGUUCUCGACACACUAUGGUUUUGAGGGUUCACGGAUAGAUUGACUUGUCACUAGUGAUUGGAUUGCCGGAGAUUUGAUUUAAAGUGAUCAGCUUGAAGAAGAGGAGAACGAGCAUAACGAGCAUCUAGAUGCUGGUGCGGGUGCUGGUGGUGAUCCUUGGAUAGCUGAAACUGGGACUUUUGAGGGUAUACAGAGCGAAUAUUGCAUGAUCAACAGUUGUACUGUACCACUUGAAGGACUCAGCUACUACACAGUAACAUUAAGAGGGCAUACCUACUUUUGAAACUCCAGAUCAGCCUCUGAUAUUUGAGCUCAUUAAAACAGGAUAUUGAGGUGACUAACUCGUGCUAAAAUAUAUUUCGAUCGUACCUAUUCUCACCAACUUAGCACGGUAGACUACCUAAUUCUACAGUGCCUACCUAACCUACCUGUCUUCUGGUGGUUGGCCUCUUUUUUUUAUUAGCGCUGGGCCUUCAGCUCUUCAUGGCUUGUCUCAACAACCCCUCCCCUCCCAACUAAAGUGGCCUGAAUCUCGACGUCAUAUGAGCUCUCCUGGCGAUCAUCUCCAAGUUGUACGUACAUACUGUACUGUACAGCACAGCACAGCACAGCACAACACAUUAAGUAUUUAUCCACGACGUCAACAUUAGCCUGAUGAUCUAACUUUUAGUUGAUUGCCUCCCCGCCAAGAAAACCAGGAACUGAUUAGUAUUCAACCUCUUCAUACUCUGUCCCUAUCCUAUAUAAAUACCCCUGUGAUCUUCCCCCAUUUCGACCCCUGCAAAGAGCAUUAGAAAAGAAGCUCAUAACUAACCCUUGACUGUGAUACCCCUCCCCUCCUUGGCUCCCCCUUCCUCCCUGUCUGCCAAGCUUGGACAGUGAAAUCUAAUCUCAACUCUCCAAUUCAAUUCAUAUACAUAUAAUAAUCCUGCAUCUCGGCCGUCGCCCCCUUGGACGCCAGCUACACCAAAACGCUUGAUAUCCCAUCACCCAACAUGGCUUCACCUACAACAACCGACUUGCCCUCGAGGGCUACUACUGGCUUUAGCACCGUCAGCGAAGAUGCCAUUCCCGAGGUUGAUCCCUCAAGCGUAUGUCACCUGAGGUCUCCCCCUAAAACAUGCAACUUGGGGGAGAUUUGAGCUGACCUCUUAUGAAUAGACUGCCGGUUUGCUUGCCGAGCGACUCCAGGCAUGGAAACAUGCUGUCGGCUACAUAGAGGAGUACAUGAAGGCCAUGGAGAAGAUCCAUGGCCACCACGCCAAAGAAUAUGAACGGGCGCUCAAGGCCAUCAACAACCCCCUCAAGGAGGGUCACCACUUCGACCAGAGCCUGGGCGGCGUUGCCGGAUUCUUCGAGAACAUGCGCUCCAACACGCAGUCACUCAUCAACACCAAUAUCGAAACCGAAAAGAGCAUCAAGGGCUCUGUCCUCCCCGUUCUCGAACGCUUGCAUAAGGAGAUCAAGCACAAGGCCAAGGAGCUCGCCCAUGGCGCUGAGAAGGGCGCAAAGGAGGUUGACAAGGCUCGCAACACCACCCAGAAGCAGAUAGAGCUGCUUGGGCAACAUGCGGCCUCUUUCGACUCUGCUGGAGGUCACCUCAGCAGCCACGACGACCCUUAUGUCAUCUACCGCGGUGUCCUGCACCGUCUCAACAGCCAGGUCAUUGCCGAGAACAACCACCGAAAUGACCUGAUUGCUGUUCAGAACAACUUCCAGAGCUUCGAGGCUCACAUCAUUGAGGUUGUCCAGCAGGCCAUGGAGGCCUUCACACAACUUGCUGGCGGCCAGGCUGAUAAGACACGCGCGCUGUACAACGACCAGCUCUCGGUCAUCCAACGUGUCGCCCCUGACUUUGAGUGGAAUGCCUUCAAGGCCCGCAGCGCCGACCGCCUCGUCGACCCCAACGAGCCCGCCCGCUCUGUUGACGCGAUCCAGUUCCCCAACAUGGAUCACGUUGCGACCAAGGCUCUGAUCGAGGGUUCCCUGGAGCGCAAGUCGCGUAACAAGCUAUCUUGGGGCUACUCAACAAGCUACUACGUGGUCACCCCCUCCAAGUUCCUCCAUGAGUUCAAGGAUUCGGAUAACAACCGCCAGGACCCUAAGCCGGAGCUUUCCAUCUAUCUCCCCGACGCCGUCAUUGGCACUGUCCAGGGCGAGAAGUUCAGCGUCAAGGGCAAGGACAAGUCCAAGACCAUGAGCAGCAAGCUUACCGGCUCAACCGAGCUCAACUUCAAGGCGCACACAGCUGCCGAUGCUCAGAAAUGGUUCCAGGUUCUCGCAGAAUGUGGAAAGAGUACAGCUCCUUUGAGCACUGGCUCCAGCCCUGCAGGAUCUACGCCCACGUCGCCCAACCCUCAGGUCACAGCUGACCCCAUUGACGCCAAGGUCCAGUCCCCCGUGACUCCCGUGACUCCUGCUACUGAGCACGGCGCUCAAGAGGCUGGUGUUGUUGGCGGCGAGGCUCCUACUGCCGCCGCUGCACCAGCUCCCGUAGCGGUUCCAGCGGCAGCUGAAAAGAAGGAGACGGCAAUCUAGAGAGAAGCCUGAAUGAGGCGGACGAAGGGUGACAGCCAUUGCGCUGGAGGCCCUGCACAAUUGAUUUUAAUGGGUGGGAGUUCUCUAUACCCAGUCCUGCAUACACAAGCAAUAACUGUUUUUUGGUCUCUUGACUUGACUGUGGUUCAAAGUGAGGCUGGCAGCGGCAAGGACAUUAUAUUGUUUGGUGACGAUGCAGUUGACGUGGCUUUUGGUGGUUCGAGACGACGAUGGUUGAAAAGAGCAAGUCGAGACUCAUGAUUUUGAUAUUUAGAAUCUGUCCUUGUUGCCUUGAUUACUAUUGGCGGCUCGGAUUGCGGCAGGAAGAAAUUAAUGCGGAUGUGCGCUGGAUCUAUAUACCUACCUACCUACUUACUUGACUUGUAUUCGAAUGAUAAUAUACAGUUCCAUUUCUACACAUUGUCUUUGCAGUGCUUAAUAUGAUAAUCUAACCAAGAUCCCGUCUCUUUGGACACAGUAGAACAUUGUCACCUGGAAGGUAUUCUACUGCGCUCACAAGUGUCAACCGAUUGAAAGAGACUAUCCUUGACUGCGAUGCUGUGAUUCAGACGCGGCAAAUAUCACCAUGCAUUACCAAAUCACAAGGCACUGCCUGUAGAGCCGGGG